CUAGGUCAUGUGGAAGAUUCUUCUCCUUCCUUCCCUCCUCCCACUCACAAACUUUUCCUUGGCUUCAUUCCAACUUCUCUGGCCCCGCCUCCUCUCCAUCCAAGGCACCCAAUUCCUUCCUGACAAAUAAGUGUUCCCACCUCAUCUGUCAGAGUUCUCACUCCAGAAGCCUAUUAAAACCAGCUGGGGGAGUGGUGGUUUACCUAUUGUCACCCCCUGAAGAGACAAGACAGACUCGCUAGAAAGAAGCAAAGGCUAAAAGGAUGAGUGGUACCACGAAGCCCGUUUCAACCAACACUGUGGACUCCUCUUCUAAGGACUAUGGUUCCAGUACCUAGGGAUACUGAACCCCUACUGAAGCCUACUCUUCCCUUCUGAUGGUGGGGAGGGAAUUCCUAGCCCCUGGAAUCAGGAGAGCCCCCUAUAUUGUACCUCCCAGCCUGACAGGUCCUGAUUUUGAGGCAGAAGAGGAAAUUUAGGCAUAAAAAAUUAUGCAUGCAUAAUCCUUCUCUGAGCAUCCGGGUCCCAAUCCCAAGGAUCUCUUUCCUAGCCACCACCCUUUUACCAAUGUUCCUGAAGGGGGCGGGGCUGGGUGUUGGCAGGUCCAGGAUGUGAGAUCCUGGAUGAAAGAAAAGGUAUAGUGUUUGGGGCCUGCCAGAGAGCAGGACAGAACAGGUAAUGUCCAGGGGUCCUGCUUUACCGAACUGUCAAACAAGCCAAGGGAAGUGAACAGAGGAUGGAACUUGGCGAACCAGAACUGCUGGAUAUCUUGUUGGAACCUUCAGAAGACAUAACCAUAAGGGCCUUCCCAGAGCUGGCAAGCCCCUCCUCAUUCCAAGAGCCACAGCAAACUGGACUACAAGAUCCAGGGCUGGAAGGCUGGGAACCUGGUGGGAGCAGCAGCUGUGGUCUUCAGGAGAGCGAGCCUGACGAUUUCCUGAACCUACUCAUCGAUCCCAAUGAGGUCUAUCAGUCCAGAGUUUCUCCAGGAAGUGACAGUGGUAUCUCUGAAGAGCCUGGUCAUCCAGACAGCCCCCCAGGCCCCAUGGUUCUCAGUCCUCCUGCCUUCUAUGAGGUUGUCUAUGAGACUGGGGCCCUAGAACGGGUGCAAGGAGAAACUGACCCCACCAGCUCUGGGCUCAUCUCUAUCCAGCUAGCCUUCUAUUUGUUCAUCUGCCCAGGUCAGUGGAGUCCCCCACUGCUGAUCCCUGAUGCCUGCAUCAUUAAUGAGCCUCCCAAAAGUCCUCCUGCCCACCCAGAGUCCAGAAUAGGUACAGGAGUCUUGGUGCCUCCUGAGACAUUGCUGCACUGCCCAGCAUUGUUCCUGACAGAUGAAGAGAAGCGGCUAUUGGGACAAGAAGGAGUAUCUCUGCCCUACCACCUACCCCUCACCAAGGCAGAGGAAAGAGUCCUUAAGAAGGUGAGAAGGAAAAUCAGAAACAAGCAGUCUGCUCAGGACAGCCGGAGACGCAAGAAAGAAUACAUAGAUGGUCUGGAGACUAGGGUGGCUGCCUGUUCAGUACAGAAUCAGCAGCUACAGAAGAAGCUGCAGGAGCUGGAGAGACACAAUGUCUCCUUAGUGGCCGAACUUCAACAGCUACAGGCACUCAUUGCUCAGACCUCUAACAAGGCUGCCCAGACCAGCACUUAUGUCCUGAUCCUCAUACUCUCCUUAACCCUCAUCAUCCUUCCCAGCUUCAGUCCCUUUCCCCGGGAACAGCCAACUGGGCCUGAUACUUACAAGCCUAGUGGAGUUAUCUCCAGAAACAUCUUGACUCACAAGGAUGUGCCUGACAGCUUGAGGACCCUGAUAUCACAGGCUGGAGAUAGGGGUGUCAAUGGUUCCUCAGGGGCAGUGCCGAAGGAGGGUGGGAAGCAGCCAGGCCACAGGGACAGGGGCAGACCCGUGCAGCAUGCUGAUGAGAUGUAAGGCAGAGUUGGAAAAAGGGUGAGGGAUCUGGGAGGACACCACAAAAAUAUUCAAUUCUGGGGACUGAGAUACCCCUGACCACUCCCCCACCCCACCAGUCUUCACACCCCAUGGCAGAAGGCUGGAGUAGGAUGUUACUCUAGAGAAAGUGAGGUAGUAUUCUUCCCUGGUUCCCUAAUGAGAUAUUACAUGGUGAAUGGUUUCAGCUCCGAUAAGUGGAGCGAUUUGGGAGGGGGAAAGAGAAGAGAUGUGCUGCUUUAAAAUAAACUUAUAACUUCUA